CGAAAUGCAGUAGUUGGCAGUGAAUAAGUAACCACAGUAUCAACUACGUCUCUACGUCAUGCGGCCAAUUGUUUGUGUCGUCUUGCUCCUCGGGACGCUGCUGCACCUCAGCCACGCAACCCUUGCCUUCGACCAAGAGAUCGACUGGCCGAGCGCCAAAUCGCUCCACGACUUCCAGGCUCGGGACCUCUCCGGCAACCUGAUUAACCUCGAAAAGUACCGGGGCCACGUGCUCGUGCUCCUUAACGGGGCCACCCGCUCCUGUCCCGUGUCCGCGAAGGGCUUCAAGCUGCUGCAGCAGCUCAAGGAGCGCCAUGGCUCGAAGGGCCUCGAGGUCGCCAGCUUCGUUGUUGACGGCCUCGUCAAGCCUUCAGGCACCGCCGAGGACAUCAAGGAGUACGUGCAGAGCACCGGCCUGACGUACGACGUCUACGACAAAAUUGCCACCGACGGUGACGCCGCCCAUCCUUUGUACAAAUGGAUCAAGAUGUGCUUGGAGGACAAGGUCCAGGCUGGCUCCAAGGUCCUCUUCGACAAAAAUGGAAAGAUCGUGGCCAAGUUCGGACCGACGGGUUCGCCGGCCGGGCUCGAGGAGGCCAUUGAGCAGUUGUUGUGAGGGGGAGUACCGGCCUUGUGGGCGGGCAAGCGCCUGCGAUGUUUGUCAUCAUUGCCGAUUCUGGUGUGGCUCUGAUGGCAUGGAGUUGCAUUUUUUAUUUCCAGUUGAAUGUAUAGCUUUGUGAUUAUUAGCUGUGGUAUUGGUAUUCUCGUACAGGUUAUAUAUGUACGCGCACACACUACCGGGAUGCAUAAAUUUACUGGGCAUAGUUGUCUGAAAGUUAAUAGCGCGCUGGUAUCGUUGCAAUGUUUUGGCAUUUCUUUGGUGAUUAAAAAUGUUGGAUUUACAGAAUAAACGAGUGAUUGUCAUUUUUUUUUCACCCCAAUUUUUCAUCACAAAUUGUACCUCGUAUUUCCUUUUGAAAUUUUUAAUAAACAAGUUCUUUCAAGUACUAUAACAAAUUAAACGAUAAUUUGGGUGACUCAUUUUUUAAAGAGAACUCGUAUUAAUGACUGUCCCGAUGUAACACAGCAUUUUAAAAAGUUGUAAUCAAAACAGUUUUGGAAAACCUGAAAGUGUCUUCUAUUCCUCUUUGUGGUAGAAAAACAUUUCUUUAUCUCUUACGCAUAUAUUAACAUACAAAUAGUCACUCAAUCAGGUGGUACCUAGUAGAACACAAUAUUUAAUAGAAGGAAUAAGUCGUAUAAAAGUUUUUAGUAAUAGAUACACAUUAUUUUAUUUAUUUGAAUAAUGUUAGCUUACGUCUUGGAAUCGUAGAUGAUUACAUGGCGUAAAAUAUUUUUCGAUCAAAUUAUAAAAUCUAUCUCUGCAGCGGUGCAUUGAAUUGCCUGCUAAUCCACGACUUUUGCUUGAAGCAUUAUAUGUGAAAACAUUUUUUCCCUAAUGAAAAGAAAAAAUUAUUUGAUUGCUCGUGACAAUUUCUAGAAAAUUACGUGCAACGACUUCGAAUAGUGUCAAGCACAAGCAGAUUACAAAGUUGCUCAUUCCUUCUAGUCGAUCAUUGCGUUCAGGUAACGUUGGGCAACUAAAUCGAAGAAACAAUCAUCUUUGUGGACAUACGUACGUGUUUUUAUAUCAACGAAUGAACAGCUAUUUGCGCGUGACCUCGUUUGAGUGGUUAAAUCUGUACUCUUCAUUAGGAUCUACACUUGAAAAAAAAAAAAUUUUUUUUUUGAUGAUUGGAAAAAAAUAAAUGAAAA